ACACAACAGAUAUCAACAGUCAGAGCAUGGUUGGUAAAAAACAGAACACGAAAGCAAGGGACUCUAAGCAAUUAGCUGGACCUUUUUUUUUUUUGUUAAACAAAAGGUUAAACACGGGCCUAUUAAAGAUACAGACCUAACCCCCAGAUAAGAGGUGCAGCCCACGACAGGCCCUCUCCCGGAUUUUCAUACGGACGUAUCCGCAGCUAUGGUGAGCAGAACAAUGUAACUUAGUUUCCGCAGCAAGAAGAUCGAAUUCGGAAUGUGUUUGCAUCCAAGGCUCGUCCACUACUACUGGACCACAAAGUCCACUCACUUUAUUAAAGUAUCAAUACAAAUACUAAUCAUUGCCUUUUUUCUUAAAAUUGUUCCAUUUACAAAUAUUUCAUUGAAAAUAAUUAAAAAAAAAAUCUUGCAAACUCUAUUUUUAUUUGUCAAAAAUAUUAUAUUUUCUCUUUGUGAUAAUUAUUUUAUUGAACCUGACACCAACUCGUUCAGAAAUUGAGUGAGCAUUUAAUUUUUUGUUAACGCUGUGAAUAAAAUGAAAAAAAAAAAACAUACACGUAUUAUCACGAAGUUACCGUAUAACAUGUUUAAUAUUUGGUUUUUGUUCUUAAUUGAAAAAAUUAUACUUAAACCGUAACGAACCGAGAAAUUAGCGCUAAAGACUCCAAGCUUGCUUCUUUCAAAACAAAGCUAACUAUAGCUGAUGAGCACACAGAGAGAGGCUUAAUGGAAAUCGAGCGGAAGCUGCUGCGUCUCCUCCACGGCCACAGCACUCGAACCCGUUUACCCGAGAUCCACGCCCACCUCCUCCGCCACUCCCUCCACGGCUCCAAUCUCCUCCUCGCCCACUUCAUCUCCAUCUGCGGGUCCCUCCGCUACUCCGACUACGCCUCGCGCGUCUUCUCCCACAUCCAAAACCCCAACGUCCUCGUCUUCAACGCCAUCAUCAAAUGCUACUCCCUCGUCGGCCCUCCUCUAAAGUCCCUCUCUUUCUUCUCCUCCAUGAAAGCCCGCGGCAUCUGGGCCGACGAGUACACCUACGCGCCUCUCCUCAAAUCGUGCUCGUCGAUUUCCGAUUCACGAUUCGGGGAGUGCGUCCACGGUGAGGUUGUUAGGACCGGGUUGAACCGGCUUGGUUCGAUUCGGAUCGGGGUCGUGGAGCUUUAUGCUGCGGGUGGGAGGAUGGGUGAUGCGCAGAAGGUGUUCGACGAAAUGCCUGAGAGAAACGUUGUCGUUUGGAACUUGAUGAUUAGAGGGUUCUGCGACUCUGGGGAUGUUGAGAGAGGUCUUGGAUUGUUCCGGAAGAUGAGGGAGAGGAGUGUUGUGUCGUGGAACUCGAUGAUUUCGAGCUUGUCUAAAUGUGGCAGGGGCCGUGAGGCUUUGGAGCUUUUCUGUGAAAUGGUUGAUCAAGGCUUCGAUCCAGACGAGGCCACUGUGGUGACUGUCUUGCCCGUCUCUGCUUCUCUCGGAGUUUUGGAUACUGGGAAAUGGAUUCAUUCCACGGCAGAAGCCAAGGGUUUGGUUAAAGAUUUCGUCACCGUGGGAAACGCUUUGGUUGAUUUUUACUGCAAGAGCGGCGACUUGGAGGCUGCGAAAGAGAUAUUCAAGAAAAUGCAGCGGAGAAAUGUGGUUUCUUGGAACACAAUGAUAUCAGGAUCAGCAGUUAACGGGAAUGGGGAGUUCGGGAUAGACUUGUUCGAUGAUAUGAUUACGGAAGGAAAAGUAUCUCCAAACGAAGCGACGUUCUUGGGGGUUUUGGCGUGUUGCUCAUACACUGGUCAGGUUGAGAAAGGAGAGGAGUUGUUCGGUUUGAUGAUGGAGAGAUUCAAGCUUGAGCCGAGCACUGAGCACUAUGGUGUAAUGGUUGAUUUAAUGAGCAGGAGCGGACGGAUCAAAGAGGCGUUUGAGUUUCUCAAAGGCAUGCCUGUAAAGGCCAAUGCGUCGAUGUGGGGUUCGCUUCUCAGUGCGUGCCGCAGCCACGGAGAUGUGAAGCUAGCUGAGGUUGCAGCUAUGGAGUUGGUGAGGAUAGAGCCGGAGAAUUCGGGGAACUAUGUGUUGUUAUCUAAUCUGUAUGCAGAGGAAGGGAGAUGGGAAGAUGUAGAGAAGGUAAGAGCGUUGAUGAAGAAGAAAUCUCUGAGAAAAUCUACAGGCCAAAGCAGUGUUUGCAAUGUAUCAUCCUAAGAAGUAUUCUUUGAUAUCAUAAUGAUUACUACUUCACAAUCAGAAUCACAUUUUUGUUUUA